CAGCUACCUCUGCCUGUAAGCACCGGCCACAUCUGCCCGUGAGCACCGGCUACCUCUGCCCAAGGGCACCUGCUGCCGCGCCACUACUGCCCCACCAGCGCCGGCAUCUGUCCGUCCGCCGCACCUGACUGACAAUGCAUGUGGUCCCUGCUGCCCGCGCCUGGCCGCUUCUGCUCCAGCUGGCCGUCCAGCUCGGCGGCACCACUGGGGCUCCCCAGCCAUGGCAGUGUGCGCCCUGCUCCCCCGAGAAGCUGCAGCUCUGCCCGCCGGUGCCUGCCUCUUGCACCGAGAGCACCCGGCCUGCCAAUUGUGGCUGCUGCCCGGUGUGCACGCUGUCUGAGGGCACCACCUGUGGCGUCGCCAGUGCGCGCUGCGCCAGCGGGCUCAGCUGCCGUGCGCGGCCAGGGGAGGAGCGGCCCUUGCAAGCCCUCAUCCGUGGCCAGGGCACCUGCGUGCCCACCGGUGGUGACACAGAUGUGAUGUCGUCCUCCGAGAGUGCCGACAUGACCCAGGAGGAGCUCCUGGAGAACUUCCACCUGAUGGCCCCUUCGAACGACAACACGCCCAUUCUCUGGAACGCCAUCAGUGAUUACAUGAACGCCAGGGGGCAGGUGGCCACGUGGAAGGGGCCCUGCCAUCGGCACCUCCACGAAGUGCUGGGUCGUCUGGCCGAGGAGCAGCAGGGGUCUGGACGGCGCUACAAGUUCUACCUGCCCAACUGCAGCAAGAACGGAUUCUACCACAGCAGACAGUGCGAGACGUCGCUGGACGAUGAGCCCGGGCUCUGCUGGUGCGUCUACCCUUGGAGCAAGGACAAGAUCCCGGGGUCCGUGGAGGUCAGAGGCGACCCCAACUGCAGUCAGUAUUUCAGCAGAUAGAGCUGUGAGCAGGUGCACCGUCUUCCGUCACCUCCCGGGAAAUAUUUAAGUACCUAGCCUAUUUAUACUCUGGAAACGACACGCUCUCUCUCUGUAUAUGUAUGUGUAUAUGAGCACGUGUGUGUGACACUUACAGCUGUGUAUUUAUUCAGUGUACAUGUAUCCUUCUACACAGUCAUGUCGCUGUGUUGAUUUGUAUAUCAUGAGACACAUUCAUGUCGAUGGAUGUAAAUACUUGUAACUCCUCAGAGCUCCCCGCUUCUGUCUCUGCAGAGCAUGGGGAAAUACAGCCUGGAAAAUGCAAACUGAA